AGCCUCAUAGUAUAUAUAGUGUGCUCAGUCCUUUCCAUCUUCACUCUGAUCUCAGGGAUUCUCAUCUGUUCCUUCGUAUACUCACUACUUGCGGAAUUACCUUUGCCAUCAUGACUCUUGAGGAAGUUAUCGUUCAGAAGCCCACCGAGAGAGCCCCGUGCACCGGCAAAGCACUGGAAGAAGUGCUGGAGACUGCCAAAGCCAACGACUGCCUGACCAUCGGCGUCUACGAAUCUGCUAAAGUCAUGAAUCUUGAUCUUGACAGCGUAUCUUUCUGCGUGCUGGCUUUUGACGAGGAGUUUGAGUCUGACAUCGCUCUUCAGAUUCAUUUCACCCUUAUCCAGGCUUUCUGUUUCGACAAUGAUAUCAGCAUUGUGAGAGUCAACGACAUGCAGCGUCUCGCUGAGAUUGUUGACGAUAAAUCCGGACAACUUGAUGCUCACUGCGUCCUUAUCACGGUAUGUACGAGUCUAACUAAAUCGGCCUUCUCAGAUAUUUAUGAAAAAAAAUAUUAUGGAAUGUAUCGUGGGGUAGUGGCUAAUGUCUCUAUGUUUUAUCUUUUAAACAGAACCCUGCUGAAGGUUCGUGGCAGGAUCCAGCCCUUGAGAAGCUGCACCUGUUCUGCGAAGAAAGCCGCAGAAUGAACGAGUGGGUUCCAGAGAUCACUCUCGAGCGUUGAUCUGGGCCUUUAGUCUUCUCUGCUCGAGAUGCUGUUUACCUUAAGGGAAACUCAUUCUACUUGAUAGGAUGAUACAAUUUUCCUGCAACCCUGGAUGCUCCUGAGGAGGUUCUCAGUCCAGGCACCGCGAGGUUAUGCCCGAGUGGCCCUCGCGGUUAUCGUCGUUCCUCGUCCCGUCCAUGCCAAGUUGACCCUGAUUCUUUAUGUGAACCAGGGGCAGGCAUGCCACGAGAGCGACACAAUGGCCCUCAUUCUUUGUGCGGAUGAGGUUUGGAGAGAAAGGAGAAGCGAGUUUUGCAUCUGUUGGCUUGUCACAGAGCAAAUAUCGCAUGCGUUGGUACACGCAGAGGACGAAGUGGUCGUCGAAUGAAGCAUGCUUUUUAAAAAAUGGACUCAACAUCUCGCUCAUUUUUAAAAAUCAAGCUUAGCAGAGUCACAGGAUACUUCUCUGUGCUCUGCAAGAAUGUUUCUCACUUUCCAGAAUUGUCUUCAAUCUCUAAAGGUUUCACUUUAGAUUUUUUAACGAAACAUGUUUACUAAUUUGUUAAUUUGAAAUAUGAAUAAACUAAAUGAACUAAA